CUAAGUAUGAUUGUUGAAAAAAUGGUCAACAUUUUAUUUUUAUUUCUCAUGCUGACCAUCGCCUGGGCGAACUGGGCGAAGGUCUGGAUCCGCGCCUGGGUGGCCUAAGGAUAAAUAAAGGCAGGCUGAAAAUAAUGCCUGGAAUGAAUGAAUGAUUAAUUUAUUUCUUAUGCAAACCUUUCGAUGUUUUAGGGUCGUCGGUUUAUCUACAUUUUUAUUAUUUUGUUAUUACAUUGUUGUUGGGGACAACAUUGAUUUUUUCAAUGAUUAUUAUGUCAAGUUUAUUUGGGUUAUUUGCGUUAAGUCAGUUAAAAUACAUUAUCAUUUUAUCUCCACCAUGACUCGACUAAAGAUUAAACUUUAAAUGUGUACGAUUUGCUAUACACUGUACUAGUGCUGUUAGCGUUGAGGGCGUUUCAAGGUAAUUUGUUAAAAAAAAACCAAUAAUUAUAAAGCCGGAAUCUAAAUCCUCUUAUUUUCAUGUACGGAAAUACUAUCAGCACACUGCGAUUAACCGGCGUGUGUUCCACAGCUUGCUUGAAACUGCACACGGGAUUCGAUACAAUUUGUGUUAACUUUAGGAUUCUAUAAAGAUGUCAGGUUCAGAUGAAUUACUCAGUUUGUUCGGGACAUACGCUACUUUAGCAACCGUCAAAAUGAUGCUGUUGUCUGCUUACAUGGGCAGAAUUCGAAUGAAAACAAAGACAUUUGCGAACCCUGAAGACAUCAUAAACCCAAAGAAAAACAAAAUCGGCGUUGGAAUUGAUGAGGAUAUCGAAAGAGUUCGAAGAUGCCAUCUGAACGACCUGGAGAAUAUUGUUCCAUUUCUUUUCAUCGGGUCUGUUUACACACUCACUAAUCCGAGUUACUUUGUUGCAGCGAUGCACUUCAGGGUCUUUUUCGCGUCUAGAAUAGCCCACAGCUUAGCCUACCUAAUUCCAAUACCUCAGCCAGCAAGACUUCUGGCUUUUGCUACUGGCUGGUUUACUGUCCUGUCAAUGGCCGUUCAAGUUUUAAUGCAGGGGAAUUUGUAGGUGACUAGUAUAUUUAAUUUCAACUUUAUAAUGUUUUUUUUUAUUUCCUCACAUCCAACAUCAACUACACUCGCCAUUUAGGCCUACAGGAUGAGAAUGAUGCUUUAUAUUGGAGUUGUUUUAGUCGUGAGAAAAAUACCUGCGUGACAGGAAUUGAACCCAGCAUCCUGGGAUCAGAAGGCAAGCAUCUUACCCACUGAGCCGGCCACUGAGCUUCAGCUCCACUCCAAUGUUGACGUAUUGCUACUUUGCACAAUGACGUUCCAUACUAUAAUUUUCUGGCUUAGUAUAGAACGCCAUUUAUGCAAAGUGAUAUGGAACGCCAUUGGUGCCAAAAUCGAGUUAUUUUUAAUAGUUUUGACUGAUCAAGACACAAUUUAGGGACUGAAACCCAGUCUAGGUCGCUGUGCACGGGUAGUUUCAUUUGAAUAUAAGGCUAUCGAUCGACCAUAAAAUGUUGUUUAACAAACUUAUAACUCUCACAGAAAACAAUGUGUAUCAUUUGUUUGGACGUUUCAAACCGGGAAAUAUUACUUGCGUUUUCCCUGGGGCACCUUAAUUGCUGUAGAAGUGUUUAAAGCACUCGUUAAUGAUUCUCUUAUUAAUUUUCCCAGUAGAUAGAAAUUUGUUGACGACUUCAAAUUGCUGAAUGUUUUAGGGAAGCAAUGGUUUACUCUAAAGUGUUGAGAAUGAAUUAACCAUGUCUGUUGAUAAUACCAUGACCAUUAAUCCUUCUAAAACAAGAUGCAUGAAUAUUCAAUUCAGUAGGAAUGUUAUUGAUUUCCCAUUACUGGUCAUAUAACAAAUUCUGUUUUCAAAGAGUUUUUAAACAAAAUAUUUUUACAUUCUUUUAAUUUAUUGGACAUUGAUUCUGUUGCUUUGUAUUUUAUUACUUUUGGAAAUAAUGUUUAUUAUGAUGAUGGUUUUUGCGAUUAAAAAUAAAAUUAAUGAAAUUAUUAAUAGAUUUGAUUAAGACAAAAUUUAGAGACUGGAACCCAAUCAACGAUAUACAGAAGUACAGUAGAGAUGUUUCCAUCAUGUGCAAUAAGGGUAUCCAGGAAGGCUAUCUUCUUGUCAUUCAUGAUUUCUCAGGUGUUCUCAGGUGAAUCUUAUGUUGCUAGUAAUUGUUAAUGUCGUGAUGGAAUAGACAAUAACUGGAUUUGCGUCAGGAGAAACAUGUAUAGGUGUUGCUACACUGUAAAAACAGCGUGGAGGAUUUAAACGCAAAGCUUCACACGAUGUUGUCCCCAUCUUAUCGUGACACGUUUAAAAGCCAAACAUGUUUAGGACCGGCCUAAUGUGUUUAGUAUUUUGAAGUGUUUUACAUUUAGAUGUGCUUAGAUAUUUGAUAUAAAUGUGUUUCCAAAGACGAGACAACAGUGCGUGGAGCUUUGCGUUUAAAUCCUUUUUACAGUGUAUGAUUAAGUCUGAAGCUAAACAAGCACCUCAAAAAUUUUACCUUUCUUGAUCAUCGCUAGGACAUCAUCGACUUACCUGAGCCACAAUACCAGAAUCUGGUCACCACGACUAGUUACUAACUUCAUUGUUAUUAUUAUUGUAUGUAUUUGGUUCCAAAAAUUACAGUAGGCUCACGAUAGAAUUUAUCGGACAAUUGUGAACGGAAUCAAAGCAUUCACGUUACAAUGUCCCACUCGUAUAGGUAUACACAUAUAUAUGCUGGUCUACUGUCAGGUGGUAAACAUCUUAGUUGGGGGAUGGAUCGAAAAAGAAGUUUCCUUCUUUUCUUUUGUUGUUGAGAUAGCAAGUUAUAUAUUCAACAAUAGAGGGCAGCAUUUAUUCUGAUGUUUUUAAGGCACGUCAGAAGAUACGGCGUGGUGUUGAGGCGAAUACCAGGGUUGUUGAAACCCCGGCGGAAAAAAUAAUGAAAA